CAAUGCGAACGUGCUCGAUGCCACCGAACUGCACGCUCGAAAAUGAUCACGAUGGUCCGUUUGCUGUCGCAUCAUCAUAGGUCACAACUUAAAAAAAGGAAGAAAGAGGAAGAAAAGUACAUCGUGUACUUGGAUGAGGAUCAGCGCCACGAAGCAGACGAGCAGGGGUCGGGGAGGCCCGAGGCCCGGGUCGGGUUUUACACGAAGGCGGUAGGAGGAGGCUUCGUGAGAGACGCCAGAGCAGAGGCUGCAGGAGGGGGACCCCGCUCCGGGCAGCAGGGGACGCAGGGGUCUUCGGUGAAUUUUGUCAUAGAAGUCCCAACGCGCAGUUCCCCGUCGACGGGAAGGCCUGGACUCCAAGAUGCUGGUGAAGGAGUACCGGAUCCCGCUGCCGAUGGCCGUGGAGGAGUACCGCGUCGCCCAGCUCUACAUGAUCCAGAAGAAGAGCCGCGACGAGACGCACGGCGAGGGCAGCGGCGUGGAGAUCCUGGAGAACCGGCCGUACACCGACGGCCCCGGUGGCUCCGGCCAGUACACGCACAAGGUGUACCACGUGGGCAUGCACAUCCCCAGCUGGUUCCGCUCCAUCCUGCCCAAGGCGGCCCUGCGGGUAGUGGAGGAGUCCUGGAACGCCUACCCCUACACGCGGACCAGGUUCACGUGCCCUUUCGUGGAGAAAUUCUCCAUCGACAUCGAAACCUUUUAUAAAACUGAUGCUGGAGAAAACCCCAACGUGUUCAGCCUGUCUCCGGUGGAAAAGAACCAGCUGACGAUCGACUUCAUCGACAUCGUCAAGGACCCCGUGCCCCCCAACGAGUAUAGGAUGGAAGAGGACCCCAAGCUGUUCCACUCUACCAAGACCCAGCGGGGGCCGCUGUCCGAAAACUGGAUCGAGGAGCACAAGCAGCAGCUGGCGCCCCUCAUGUGCGCCUAUAAGCUGUGCAAGGUGGAGUUCCGCUACUGGGGCAUGCAGGCCAAGAUCGAGAGGUUUAUCCACGACACCGGCCUGCGGAAGGUGAUGGUGAGGGCUCACCGGCAGGCCUGGUGCUGGCAAGACGAGUGGUACGGGCUGAGCAUGGAGAACAUCCGGGAGCUGGAGAAGGAGGCGCAGCUCAUGCUGUCCCGCAAGAUGGCCCAGUUCAGCAAGGACGACGAGGAGGCCGCAGAGCUGGCCGAGAGCGAGGCCGGCCAGGCCCAGCCCCCCGGGGAGCCCCCCCAGCCCAGCGGCGGCGGGGAGCCCCUGGCCGGCCGGGGCCUGAAGAAGCAGUGGUCCACGUCCUCCAAAUCGUCUCGGUCGUCCAAGCGGGGAGCGAGUCCUUCCCGCCACAGCAUCUCAGAGUGGAGGAUGCAGAGCAUCGCCCGGGACUCAGACGAGAGCUCGGACGACGAGUUCUUCGAUGCUCACGAGGACCUGUCUGAUUCAGAGGAACCGUUCCCCAAGGACAUCACCAAGUGGAACUCCGAUGACCUUAUGGACAAAAUUGAAAGCCCCGAGCCAGAGGACACGCAGGACGGUCUGUACCGCCAGAGCGCCCCCGCGUUCAGGGUGGACCCGCUGAACAUCAUCGAGGACGAGGUCAGCCCACCGCUGGCCGGGCCCCCCUCCAAGAUCCACGUGCUGCUGCUGGUUUUGCACGGGGGCACCAUCCUGGACACGGGAGCUGGGGACCCCAGCUCCAAGCAGGGCGACGCCAACACCAUCGCCUCGGUGUUCGACACGGUCAUGCGUGCGCACUACCCCAGCGCCCUGGGCCACCUGGCCAUCCGCCUGGUCCCCUGCCCGCCCAUCUGCUCCGAUGCCUUCGCCCUGGUCUCCAACCUCAGCCCCUACAGCCACGACGAAGGCUGUCUGUCCAGCAGCCAGGACCACGCGCCCCUGGCUGCCCUGCCUCUGCUGGCCACCUCCUCGCCCCAGUACCAGGAGGCGAUCGCCACAGUGAUCCAGCGGGCCAACCUCGCCUACGGGGACUUCAUCAGGUCCCAGGAGGGCGUGACCUUCAAUGGGCAGGUCUGCCUGAUCGGGGACUGCGUCGGCGGCAUCCUGGCCUUCGAUGCCUUAUGCUGCAGCAACCAGCCCGUGUCCGAGAGUCAGAGCAGCAGCCGCAGGGGCAGCGUGGCCAGCGUGCAGGACACUGACCUGCUGUCCCCGGGCGUCCUGGUGAAUGCGGCACACGGUGGCGGUGGCAGUGGCCUGGAGAGCAGUCGGCACCUGAGCCGCAGCAACAUUGACAUCCCCCGCAGCAGUGGCACUGAGGACCCCAAAAGGCAGAUGCCCCGCAAGAGGAGCGACUCGUCCACCUAUGAGCUGGACACCAUCCAGCAGCACCAGGCCUUCCUGUCCAGCCUCCACGCCAGCGUGCUGCGGCACGAGCCCAGCUCCCGCUGCUCGAGCAGCGCCACCAUGCUGGACGGCACAGGCGCCAUGGGGAAGUUCGACUUUGAGAUCGCUGACCUCUUCCUCUUCGGGUGCCCACUGGGGCUGGUCCUGGCCUUGAGAAAGACCAUCAUCCCCACCCUGGAUGUUUUCCAGCUGCGGCCCGCCUGCCAGCAAGUCUACAACCUGUUCCACCCCGCCGACCCGUCGGCCUCGCGCCUGGAGCCGCUGCUGGAGCGGCGCUUCCACGCCCUGCCGCCCUUCAGCAUCCCCCGCUACCAGCGCUUCCCGCUGGGGGACGGGUGCUCCGCGCUGCUGGUCGAGACCGUGCAGAGAAGCCCUGAGCUGGUCCUGGAGGGCGGCCCCCUGGCCCCUCUCCCACCCGGGGAUGGCUUCCUGGAGACCAGUAUCCUAGUUCCCGCGCUCACGUGGCAAGACGGGCCGGGCCCGAGCCCGGGCUGUGCUGAGUCAGAUGCGCUCCAGACCCACAGCACGGUCUUCCAAGAGCACACGGGCCCCUCCUCGCCCGGUGCGGCCACCACCGCCCGAGGGUUCCGCCGAGCCAGUGAGAUCAGCAUCGCCAGCCAGGUGUCGGGCAUGGCAGAGAGCUACACAGCAUCCAGCAUUGCCCAAAAGGCCCCAACGCCGCUCAGCUACACCCCCAGCGUCAGGCGCCUGUCCCUGCUUGCCCUGCCCCCCCCAUCCCCCACCUCCCCAGGCUCCCGCCCACAGGCCAGGCAGGCCAAGCCCAGCCUGGAGAGGGCCCCCUGCCUCCCCGACCUGGACAUCAGAGAAGUUGCCGCGAAGUGGUGGGGCCAGAAGCGGAUGGACUACGCCCUGUACUGCCCUGAUGCCCUGACGGCCUUCCCCACCGUGGCCCUGCCCCACCUCUUCCACGCCAGCUACUGGGAGUCGACGGACGUGGUCUCCUUCCUGCUCAGACAGGUCAUGAGGCACGACAAUUCCAGCAUCUUGGAGCUGGACGGCAAUGAGGUCUCGGUGUUCACGCCCUCGAAGCCGAGAGAGAAGUGGCAACGGAAGAGAACCCACGUGAAGCUGCGGAACGUGACGGCCAACCACCGGAUCAACGACGCAGUUGCCAACGAGGACGGCCCCCAGGUCCUGACGGGCCGCUUCAUGUACGGGCCCCUGGACAUGGUCACCCUGACUGGGGAGAAGGUGGACGUGCAUAUCAUGACGCAGCCGCCCUCGGGGGAGUGGCUGUACCUUGACACGCUGGUGACCAACAGCAGCGGACGCGUCUCCUACACCAUCCCCGAGACCCGCCGGCUGGGCGUGGGUGUCUACCCCGUCAAGAUGGUGGUCAGGGGAGACCACACAUUUGCCGACAGCUACAUCACCGUGCUGCCCAAGGGCACGGAGUUCGUGGUCUUCAGUAUCGAUGGCUCCUUCGCCGCCAGCGUGUCCAUCAUGGGCAGCGACCCCAAAGUGCGGGCCGGGGCUGUGGACGUGGUGCGGCACUGGCAGGACCUGGGCUACCUCAUCAUCUAUGUGACGGGCCGGCCUGACAUGCAGAAGCAGCGGGUGGUGGCGUGGCUGGCCCAGCACAACUUCCCCCACGGCGUGGUGUCCUUCUGUGACGGCCUGGUGCACGACCCGCUGCGGCACAAGGCCAACUUCCUGAAGCUGCUCAUCUCCGAGCUGCACCUGCGCGUGCACGCGGCCUACGGCUCCACCAAGGACGUGGCGGUCUACAGCUCCAUCAGCCUGUCCCCCAUGCAGAUCUACAUCGUGGGCCGGCCCACCAAGAAGCUGCAGCAGCAGUGCCAGUUCAUCACCGACGGCUACGCGGCCCACCUGGCCCAGCUCAAGUUCAACCACCGCGCACGGCCAGCCCGCAACACGGCCACCCGCAUGGCGCUGCGCAAGGGCAGCUUCGGCCUGCCGGGCCAGGGCGACUUCCUGCGCUCCCGGAACCACCUGCUCCGCACCAUCUCGGCGCAGCCCAGCGGGCCCGGCCUCCGGCACGAGCGGACGCACGGCCAGCCAGACAGCGAGCAGCGGGGCCAGCGCAGCAUGAGCAUGGCGGCCGGCUGCUGGGGCCGCACCAUGGCUGGCCGGCUUGAGCCGGGGGCACCCGCAGGCCCCAAGUAGGGCACCCUGAGUGAGGCGCUGUGGUCUCCAUGGUGCUAGGAGGCCUGGGCACAUGCUGUUGGCCAGGGACCAGCUUGUCCCAGGGCCCAGUGGAGGACACCGGCCGUGCCUCCUGCCCUAGAGUCUGAGGGGUUCCAGCUUGUCAUGGGAGCUGGCAGGACGACCAGCCUCAGGAUGACGGAGGGACCAGGACCCCCCAUGUGGACUGGCCCAGAAGGUACUCCUGGACAAUUGCCCUGCGGUGACCUCGCAGCUUCCCGACGCCAGGCCUGGGCCCAACCUGUCACCUCCCCAGCCACUAGCUCGCCCUGACCCCCGGGUCCCCUUCCACCUGGUAGCAGCUCCGACAGGGGACAGCCUGCUUCUUGUUAACUUGAGUUACUCAACUCUCCAACCUCACUGGUUUUGCACUGGUUUUAAGAGACCCAUUACCAUCUCCCAUGGCUACAGACUCGUUGACAUGUGUGGAAGUUCAAAGUUUGCGGAUCCAGGACCUAUGGCCACACAGAAGGCUCCAGGGCGGCAAAUCCUUGUAUAAGCAGGAGAAAGGCCAUAUCUUAAUUUCCGCAGCUCUGCCUGGCCCGCUAGUACCCUGGCAGCGCUGGACUCCCGCCCACCUGGAGCCCAGUCAGGCCAGGAGCCUGGCGUCACCUUCGGCUCUGGGCACAGCCCAGGUGAUGAGGCCCUUGAAGCCCAGAGCCAGCUCUUGCGAAGCCCUGCCUCGGCCUGCGGGGCCUGGCCAGGCCUGGCCGCCUCUUCCACUCGCCUGCCGUCAGUCAAGGCCUCGUGCCUCGGCCUUCCCGCGUUUCUACACCUUUCUACUCCAAUCUGAUUUCUAUGAGGUUUUUUUAAAUGAGCAAUCCUUGGCUGCUUCCUUUUCUUAACUCUUUCAGUACCAAGUGCAGCCCCUCCACAUGAAAACACCCAGCACUGUGACGGAGUCCAGCCUGGUUCUGGGUCCCAGGGCCCUGCCCCUGCCCACGCAGUAGGGCAUGGGCUCCCUGCCUCACCUGACCCCCGUUAAUUCCACUGAAUUUCUACUCUGGUGGGUGCGGCACACACUUAGUUUUUUUAAAUGCCAAUUCCGUUCCAAUACCGAAUCUGAGAAGCCACAACUCCCGUCGUCAGCUUAAGGGCAGGCAGCCACGGCUUCAUUUCCUACCUGGCAAGGACCACUGUCCUGCACUGGUCUGCGCGUCAGCCCCCCCUCCCCAGGACCUCCUGGCAGCCCCUCUGCUGCUGCUCUGCCUUCGAGGUGGGGCAGCCUGCCUGGCCUCUGCCAGUCGUGGUCGAAGCUGCUGCCAACCUGGAUACGGCCUCAGGGCCUCGUGGGCUGGGUCUGGGCUGGGUUGGGGACGCGCACUGAUUGACGUUGCCCUCCUCCCGUGUGUAGAUAUGUACAGCCAAGGGGUCAUGUAAAUGUUUUGCAAAAGUGGGUCUACACAGAGUGAAGCUAUUUAUUUUGUGCAGAGAAAACGUCUGGAGGGAUGGGACCUUCAGGGUUUAUUCAUAUUUAAGGCGUAGCUUUUUGUUGUUGUUUCAGGCGUAUGUAUAAAGCAACGAUUAUUUUAUGGACCAAGUUUUAAUGUAACUGUUGCAGUUAAAGUGCAAUAUCUGACCCCCUCUGCUCCCCAGCGGGAAAUCGCUCGGCCGACAAUCACAGCCCCGGCGAGGGGCCCCCUAUGGCCAGUGCCUCCUCUGUCGGUCCCACCUCACCCCAUCUUGCCUACCACCUGGAUGACUAGCCAUCCAGAGAAGCACCUGGAAGAAAGAGUCUCGGGCCUGCCUGCGAUAAAGGCUGGGAGGCCUCCUGGCCCAGGGAGGCCGCAUGGGCAGUGGGCUCGGCCUCUCCUAGCAGGCAGCCCCCCGACAGCUCCGUACUCCCCACCUUCCUGCCCAGCCACCAGCCAUGCCAAGGACAACAGCAAUAGUCCCCUGGGUCUCUCCCGGGGGCCCUUAGCCAUAGAUGGUGAGACGGGCCGCCCACCCUCCCUGUCGCUGUCUCUCUUCUAUACCCAGGUCUGCUUCCUGCCUCCCUGAGAUCCCUUUCGGCACACACUCCUCGAGAAAGCACCAGUGUUUCAGAAACAGAGAGGGAGGGCAGAGUCCUUUAAAAAUACCAAAAAUGUUUACAGCGUUGGGUGCUGAGCUGCAGGGCUCAGGCCUGACCAGUCGUUACCAAAGGGUGAGGCAGGCCUUGCUGACUGCCGCCCCCACCCAGGCCUGUUAGAGUAGAAGCCUUAGUCCCAAUCCCACCCCCAAAGCCCAGGACCGAGCCUCAGCCCGCCACCCCCAGCCCUGACCACCUGCCUUCUCUGAUUUCUAAAGAGGGAUUCAGCAGAGACCCCCGCCUCGCCUGCCCGCCACGUCCCAUCAUGUCAGUCAGCACGGUCUUCACGUCUCGCCCCCCGCCCCUGUCUGUCCGGGCCACGUGUGAGCAGUGUCCUGACUCGCCCCACCCGCCCCUGCUGUCCCCGCACCAUCGGGCCUGAGUGUGCUCUGUAUACAGUGUCAUCGUCUGUCACAUUAAAGAAGCAGGAAGGCUUC